AUGUUCGAUAUAGAUUGGAUGAGCCUUGCGCUCCCGUUCGCAUAUAUUAGUGUUCUAGGAGGUUCUUUGUAUACAUUCUCAACGGUUUAUCGAAAACGAAAGGCUUUUGAAAAUGCCAACCUCGAGCCAUGGUUCCCGCCGCACUUACAACGAAACAUUUACCUAACUCUGCUUCACAUGGAGCCCGAACCCGGCCAAGAGAAGGCGCCAAAGGUACCCGAUAGUGUUAUCCGGGCCGCGCUAUUACGAAGAGCUGUCGAGGAUAUCCGUCGCAUUAUUCAGGUGCGAACGUCUAAGCAGGCCCUUAACAGCUUGCUGCAGAGGGGUAGCGUCGGCGAGGAUCUGAAUCAAAGAUUCUUAAGAGCUGAGAAGGAAAUCGAAGAGGAACUCCGCGACGUAGUAACAGAGGCGAAUGCUCUCUCUCCCGGCUGGGGCCAGACCAUCUUCCAAUCCGCAAACGAGAUUGCCGCAAAUACCAUGCUCCGCAAGCGACUCGAGGAGAUCGAUAGCCGCGCGGAGACCGACAAGAAGUGGUGGGAGAAGCGCCGCGAGGCCAUCCAGAAGGACUUCAUGAAGGAGCUGGACGAGGAGUCGUCGACCAAAGGUUCUGUCAAAGGUAGUGACGAUGACGCAGUGCUGGUCGACUCGGGUUCCCCCGGUGCAAGCAAGAAGAAGAAGGGCAAGAAAUAA